CGCCGGUCUGCCCGCGGGUGGCACGCAGUCGGCCUGGCGGAGCCUAGGCUGAUGGACGCCUAGGGCCCGGGACCGCAGCACCAGGACCAGCCCGCGAGCCCGCGGUCAGGAAAUUGAUAGCCAGGAAAAGCUCUUGGAAGAUCCAGCAGUAGUCGGAAUAGCAGACAUGAUACCAAAUAUCCACCUGGAGGUACCCCCAUUCCAAGCAAUGGAAACUGUCUCCGAGGCCCCACUGGAAGAUGUGUGGAUCCCACAGGAGCCAUCCUAUGGUGCUGCUUGGGAAGACCUGCCCUUUCUGGAAACUCCUGAAUACCCAUCACCAAAGCUUGCAGCUGAAGAGCCUUGCGGGCAGGAAUUACAGGAUUGCAAGGAACUAGAAGAACUGGACUUUUUUGACUUCAACCUAGAUGGAAAUGUACUUCUUGAUACCAAUUUUCCAGAUGACUUCGAAGAGCUAAGCUACCUAAUGGGAAAUCCCGCAGAGCAGCUACUCAGAGAGCACACACUGCCACUCUAUGAUCAGAAUCCUUCUGCAGGAGAAAGCGCUGAGAGCUUCAACCAGGAAGAACCUCUCAACCCCAUGGGCUAUGCACAAAACAGUGCCCCAAAGAAGCUACACCAAUGUAUUCAGUGUGGGAAAGAUUUUCUUUCCAUAAAGGUCUUUAAGGGGCACCUGAAAAUUCAUUCAGGAAAGCUCCCUCAUGGGUGCCCUGAGUGUGGGAAAAGAUUCCUUCGUAGGUCAAACCUGCAAAGGCAUCUUCGAGUUCACACAAGGGAGGCACCCUAUAAAUGCAGCGUGUGUGAGAAGCGAUUCACUCAGUUGUCACACCUCACAGAACACCAGAAAACCUCUUCUAGUCAAGGAGUGUCCACUUGCCCCGAGUGUAAGUCGCGAUUUUGUAAUAGAAAACAAUUUAUGCAACACCUAAAAAUCCACACAGGUGGAAGACCCCACAAAUGCCAGAGUUGUGAAAAAACAUUUAGACGCCAAACAGACCUUAAUUUGCACUAUGCGUCACACACUGCAGAGAGACCAUUUACAUGUGAGUAUUGUGGGAAAAGCUAUAGGCAGAGAUCCAGCCUUAUUUUUCAUUCAAAAAAACAUUCAGGGGAGAAGCCAUAGAAGUGCACCAAUUGUUCUACAAGCGUCCUUAAGAAAGCCCACUUUAAUAUGCACUUUAGAGAAGAACUCUUUGAAAAUUUGUUGAGGGAAAAAGUUCCUAAAAAAAGUGACAAUAAGCUACCAAAGCUUUAACUUGCACUAGGCUGACUUGGAAGAACAGUUUUGUUUGAGCUUAUGCAUUACAACAGCUUUGUAUUUUGCUGUGUUUAAAACUUACCUUCCAAGGCACAUAAAUUCUAGAGUAUUCACUCAUUCAUGCCACUGUUCUAGACAUGAUUUAUUUUUCUGUCUAGGCAAGUCUUUCUUAAUCUUUAUGAUGAAAUGUCUUUGUGACAAGCCAACCACAAUAUCGGUAUGAGUAGGGAACAUAUAAAUGCUGGCAUUCCUUUUCGAUCUAGGGUCAGUAUUCCAAUAGAUGGGUAUGUGCCCAAUUGACCUGUAUCUGUGCAAUAGUUUAGUCACGUGGAAAUGGCUAUGCUGUUUCUUUAUGAUUGCCACUGACUAGUACUUGGAGCACCAUGCGGAUGCUUCCCUGACAGUGCCAACAAGCACUUCCCUUGACUCCCACUUACACCACAUGUCAGAAUCUCCUGUGCACCCACUGCUAUGUUUAUGCAUCAUUUGAGCCUUGAACACAGUCCAUUUCUGAAAUAUGGAGCACUUUCAAAGGAUAGGGGAAGGAAAGAUGUCCAACUCAUACAGUACUGGGAAGGGCAGAGAACCGUACCCACCACACAAGUACUAGGAAUAUUGAGCGGCUUAUAGAAGGGUGGAGACCCUACCUGGAACGAACUACCUGUAAAUUCUGUGUUUUCUUUCUUUGCUCUUUGGAAUGAUGAGAGCAUUGAAUGCUACAAACUUUAAGCCUAGCUAGGAUCACAUGCCACAAAACUUGUUUAAUGUUCUGUUUGUGAUUUUACAAUUAUUUGUUAUUAUAGUUUUCAUUUUAUUUCCUUUCUGUCCCAAGAGUUAAAUGUUGUUAAUUUCCUGUGAAUUUUUGGUUACAAUGCAAGUUAUUAA